AGCGGUUUGUCAUAUUGAAUUGAGCAAGCAAAGUGAACACUUGUGCUAUAACCACAGCAAACACCAGUACACAAAAAGUGCGAAUCAUUUCUGUUGAAUAGAAAAACGAUUUUCUCGUGUGAUUUUUUUAUUGAAUUAAAUUACAAAACUCCAAGUAAUCAAGAUGCCUGAAGAAACUGAAGUCGAAACUUUCGCUUUCCAAGCUGAAAUUGCUCAGCUUAUGUCAUUGAUCAUCAACACCUUCUACUCGAACAAAGAAAUUUUCCUUCGUGAAUUGAUCUCAAAUUCAUCUGAUGCUUUGGAUAAAAUCCGUUAUGAAUCGCUUACCGAUCCAUCAAAACUCGAUAGUGGCAAGGAACUUUAUAUUAAAAUCAUUCCAAACAAAGCCGCUGGUACACUUACCCUCAUCGAUACUGGUAUCGGUAUGACUAAAGCCGAUUUAGUCAACAAUUUGGGUACAAUUGCCAAAUCCGGAACCAAGGCAUUUAUGGAAGCUUUGCAAGCUGGUGCUGAUAUCAGUAUGAUUGGUCAAUUUGGUGUCGGUUUCUACUCAGCCUACUUGGUUGCCGAUAAAGUAACCGUCACAUCAAAACACAAUGAUGACGAACAAUACGUUUGGGAAUCAUCGGCCGGUGGUUCAUUCACAAUUCGCCAAGAUAACAGCGAACCAUUGGGACGUGGUACCAAAAUCGUGUUGCACAUCAAAGAGGACCAAACUGAAUAUUUGGAAGAGAGCAAAAUCAAGCAAAUCGUCACAAAACACUCGCAAUUCAUUGGUUAUCCAAUCAAAUUAUUGGUUGAAAAAGAACGCGACCAAGAAGUAAGCGACGAUGAAGCUGAAGACGAGAAGAAGGAAGAAACGAAGGAAGAAGAAGAGAAGAAAGAAGAGGGCGAAGAACCAAAGAUUGAAGAUGUUGAAGAUGAGGAAGAAAAAGACAAGAAGAAGAAGAAAACCAUCAAAGUGAAAUACACUGAAGAUGAAGAAUUGAACAAGACCAAACCAAUUUGGACACGUAAUGCCGACGACAUUUCUCAAGAGGAAUACGGUGAAUUCUACAAAUCGCUCACCAACGAUUGGGAAGACCAUUUGGCUGUGAAACACUUUUCGGUUGAAGGUCAAUUGGAAUUCCGUGCAUUGUUGUUCGUACCACGUCGUGUUCCAUUCGAUCUUUUCGAAAGCAAAAAGAAGAAGAAUAACAUCAAAUUGUACGUGCGUCGUGUCUUCAUCAUGGACAACUGUGAAGAUUUGAUUCCUGACUAUCUCAACUUCAUUCGUGGUGUUGUCGAUUCCGAAGAUUUGCCAUUGAACAUUUCACGUGAAAUGUUGCAACAAAACAAAAUUCUCAAGGUUAUUCGCAAGAACAUCGUCAAGAAAUGCUUGGAAUUGUUCGAAGAAUUGGCUGAAGACAAAGAAGGCUACAAGAAGUUCUACGAUCAAUUCAACAAGAAUUUGAAAUUGGGUGUACACGAAGAUAGCCAAAAUCGCACCAAAUUAGCCGAACUCAUUCGUUUCCAUACAUCAGCAUCGGGCGAUGAAUACUGUUCAUUGGCUGAUUACGUUAGCCGUAUGAAGGAAAACCAAAAGCACAUUUACUGCAUUAGCGGUGAAAGUCGCGAACAAGUUGCCAAUUCAGCAUUUGUUGAACGUCUCAAGAAACGUGGCUACGAAGUUGUUUAUAUGACAGAACCAAUUGAUGAAUACGUCAUUCAACAAUUGAAAGAAUUCCAAGGCAAACAAUUGGUGUCGGUAACCAAAGAAGGUUUGGAAUUGCCAGAAGAUGAGGAGGAAAAGAAGAAGCGCGAAGAUGACAAAGUUAAAUUCGAAAAUUUGUGCAAAGUCAUGAAAUCGGUAUUGGACAACAAAGUCGAAAAGGUUGUGGUUUCACAUCGUUUGGUUCAAUCGCCAUGCUGUAUCGUUACAUCUCAAUAUGGUUGGUCAGCCAAUAUGGAACGUAUCAUGAAAGCUCAAGCCCUGCGUGAUACAUCAACACUCGGCUAUAUGGCUGGUAAAAAGCACUUGGAAAUCAACCCAGACCAUGCAAUCGUCGAAACAUUGCGCCAAAAAGCCGAAGCCGACAAGAACGAUAAAUCAGUCAAGGAUUUGGUCAUUUUGUUGUUCGAAACAGCUUUGCUUUCAUCCGGAUUCUCAUUGCCCGAACCACAAGUUCAUGCAUCACGCAUUUACCGUAUGAUCAAAUUGGGUCUUGGCAUCGACGAAGAAGAACCAAUGGCCGCCGAAGAUACACCAGCCACCAGUGAUGUACCACCACUCGUUGAUGAUGCAGAAGAUGCAUCACACAUGGAAGAAGUCGACUAAAUUAAUAGCAAUUUAAUUAGCUCUCAUCAUAUGUCAGCUUCAAAUACAUUCUGCACUUCAUAAUUCAUUUAUACAAAAAAAAAAAAGAAUUAUUUUUUUUCUUCGUUUCUUCAAU